AUGGUAUUCGCCAAGAAGCUUCCCAACAAUGCUAUUACAGCUGCUAUUGUUGUCAGAGAAUAUGAUGCCAACUCCAAAGAUAGUCGCCGGUUCAAAUUCAGCAUGAAGGCGCGAGAACUCUUGCUGACAGCCAAGAUCAUGCUAGAAGGAAGAUUCCCCUCUGUUUUGACCAAGAAAACGCCUUACUACAAGAAAGUUCAAGAGCAGCUUGAAGCUUCAGUGGAGCCUUUGACAAGAGCCUGA